GUGACGCACGGAGGGGGCGGAGCUUCUCAGUCUGCGCCCCGCCGCCGGGCCGAGCGGCCGCCAUGGCCUCGCUGCUCUGCUGCGGGCCUAAGAUGGCGGCCUGCGGCCUCGUCCUCAGCGCCUGGGGGGUCGUCAUGCUGGUCCUCCUGGGCAUCUUCUUCAAUGUCCACUCCGCCGUCCUCAUCGAGGACGUCCCCUUCACAGAGGAAGACUUUAAAGACGGCCCGGAGCGGAUCUAUCGCCUUUACGAACAGGUCAGCUACAACUGCUUCAUCGCCGCCGGGCUCUACGCCCUCCUGGGGGGCUUCUCCCUCUGCCAGGGUCGCCUCAACAAGCGCAAGGAGUACAUGGUCCGUUAGGGACACCCCGAAAAUUUAGGGACCCCCCCCCCCAAAAAAAUUAAAGGGGGAGGGGAACCCCUGAAGCCCUCCCCACCCCCCCCGCCCCCAAAACCAGGUGUGGAGGACCAGCUCUUCUCUCCCUGUAGCAACGCAGACCACUAUGGACCAGGCACCCCAAUAAAACGUGUUGAUCCCUA